UAAGUAUAUUCAAUCAGAGCUGACCUGGUGUUCAACAACAACAGCGGUAACAGCAAUAGCAACAAACAACAACAAAACUACAUCAUCAGCAACAGCUGUUGUACAAACUAAGAAGGAAGAAACGAUAUUGGGUGUUGUCACCUUCACGAGGAGAGUGUAAAACUGUCGUCAUGUGAAGUAAACAAGGCGGAGUAAGAUCGGAAACGUGUUUGUAGAGUUUCUAGCUUUGAGGCGGAGCAAUUAAGAAAUUACCAACUUAGAGAGGCGGCCUAACAGGCCGCAUUUCGACCCUGAUCACUUAUUACAUGUAGUCGGAAGCGGUUAGAGGUUUUUUUUUUUCAUUCUCGGAUAUGGAAUCGUCGCAAAUGUCAACAGAUAAAACCAUAUCGUCGAACGGAGAGACACCUCGGGUGUUGUUCAAACGUCUGUACGAGCGUGCGGCACAGCUGGGUAUAGACGGACACCAUUUAUCUACAUUGUCGUGUAUUACGGAUAUUAGACCGAAGACAAAGAAACAGAUUGAAGAAGAAGAAGAAAGGAUUGCUAACGGUGGUCUGGUUUGGUCUAGAACUACUAGAUAUUUUAUGUACGCAAUUCUGCUCUUGCUCGCUAGCAUUUUCUGCGUGUUCUUUCUCAACGUACCCGUGAGUGGUGAGCAAGUGACGAAUUGGUGGUUUAGCUUCAAUGAUUACAAUCUUUACAAUGAGCGAUGUCUAAUAGAUGUCCACGAGAGUAUAUCGUUGCUAUUUAGACCCCCUGCAGAUUGUAAAUUUUGCAGGAAUGUUACACAUGUCGAUCGGGUUUCCGGAAUAUCAGUUGCCGAGUUCGAAAAAGAUUAUGCUUAUUCAGGUCGGCCCGUUAUCAUUACCGAUGGCAUGAAGAACUGGACGGCUCUGGAUGUAUUUUCCUUUGAGUUUUUUAAGGGAAUUUAUAGCGAAGAUAGUCCGGCUUUGUCUAGUUCGGAACGGAACUGUCAGUUUUUCCCCUACCAAACCAAAUUUAAGAAUUUAGGUGAGGUGUUUCAAAUGGAUCCAGCCCGAGUUGAUUUAACUGAUUCUUCGAAUCCCUGGUAUAUAGGCUGGAGCAACUGUGAUAUUGUGGCUGGUGGGAUAUUACGUCAACAUUAUUCCAAGCCGUACUUCCUUCCAGAAGUUUCAGAAUCUAGCAGAACAGAUUGGAUCUUCAUGGGAACUCCUGGAUAUGGAGCUGAAAUGCAUGUUGAUAAUGUUGGUGACCCAUCUUGGCAAGCUCAGGUGACUGGACACAAGAAGUGGCAGCUUGAACCUCCACCAGAGUGUUAUUAUGAGUGUGUUGCUUCUCUUGAUGUGGUUGUCAACCCAGGUGAAAUAAUUGUUUUGGACACAAAUAUUUGGUUCCAUAGCACCAAGAAUGUUGGAUCUGACCUGAGCAUUACAAUUGGAUCUGAAUAUGAUUAAACUUCAUCAUUGUAAUAAAUAAAAUGAAAUAAAAGUAAAAAAAAAAACACAAAAGUUACACAGAGAUUUGAGAAUUUUGAUAAGUUUGUAUGCUGAGUGGAAAAGAGGAAUUUGAUAUUUCGGACUGACUUAUCAUUUUAAAGAAUUAGACAUUUUUAUUUCUGUUUCAAACAAAGGAUCAUUCUUAAAACAUCAGAUUCCUCUCUUUCCCGCCUUUAUACAAACUGCCAUACAAACUUAUAUGUGAACUCACAAACUGUAAUAUUUUAUGUUUUAUUAUCGUUCUCAUUGUUGUCAUUGUUGUUGCUGUUUAUAUUGCCAUAAAUAGA